CCAAACCCAUAAUGCACAUAAUGGAAAAUUAUAUGUUAUGAUACAUUUCCAGUUUUAAGUGCAACAAUAUAAUUUUCAUUUCUCUUCGGCAUAGAUUUCCAAUAUUUUCACCGAAGAGCUACUGUGAAAACAAAUAACGGCAGUUCAAGUACAUUCGUUAUAAUAUGCCAGAAAAAUCAAUUAAAACUGAGGCUAAAAGGGAUGAAGUUGAGUUGGAAACGCAGAUCAUAAUGCGAUUACCUGUGGAACCUGCCAAAGCACUGCGGGAAGCCAUCCAGUCUGGGGCAAAUAAUUUGAAAGACCGUCUUUCAAUACGGCUCGAAAAUGAGUUGCGAUACGGAGAGGUCCGUUUGGAUCAUUGGCUGUUGCACGCCAAAGUGGUGGACUUGCCAACAGUUGUCGAGACGCUUAAAACUAUUGACAACAAAAACUUUUAUAAAACCGCUGACCUGUGCCAAAUAAUGAUCUGCAAAGAGGAACCGGAUCUUCCCUCUACCGAAGAAGAAUCACCUAACAAAAAUAAAAAGAAAGACCCGAACAAGGUGGACAAAAAGUACUUGUGGCCACAUGGAAUAACUCCACCCUGUAAGAACGUCCGAAAACGGCGAUUCCGAAAAACAUUGAAGAAAAAAUAUGUGGAGGCUCCUGAAAUUGAAAAGGAAGUGAAACGCUUACUGCGGGUCGAUAAUGAAGCAGUCAAUGUGAAAUGGGAUCUGAUCACUGAAGACGAAGAUCCAAACAAGUCGUCAUCUGAUCUGAAACAUGAUUCGAAUGCUUCCAAUAAAAGUCCAUCGAAAGGCAAGAAAGGAACCACUAAUAAAGAUGUCGGAGAACAUGAUAUUUUCGGCGAGGAGGUAUCUGAUUCGGAUGAAGAUGAUAAUCCCAUCAAUAAGAGUAUCGAUAUUGACGAAAGUAGUAGAUUGUCGGCUGAAGCGGAAGACAGUCGUCUCUCUGAUUCGAGCUCAUGUCAGGGUACGCAAUCGUCCGAUAAGAAUGCUAUGCUUGAAUUUAGCAAGGGAAUGUUCAACUCUUCGGUUGAAGGUAGCGGGAAUCGUGUGAGAAAAACCGAAACUCCGUCAGGAUCUAAGUACAACGAUAACUCCCGCAUGGAUUCCGACAACGAAUCGUCGGAGUUCGUAACAUCAUCGCGAGAUACUGUAAGCAGCCGUAUGUAUGAGCUUCGCCGUCAGUUGAGUGAGCUAAAAUCGCAACGAAUCCAAAAAGAGCAAGAAAUACGAACGAUUGAAAAUCAAACUCUUCGUCAACGGCUGCAGGAUAAUCUGGAUAGUCUACUGAGUCAAAUCGUGGAUAAAGAGUUGGAGAUUCAAGAGCUUGAACUUGAGAGCUUACGAUGAAGCUGCAAAUGGUGCGAAGUAAUGCCUUUCAUAAAUUCCAAUAUGCUGCGUGUAGAUUUUGAACACUAGGAAAUUACAUAUGUAGGUACACAAUAAUUCGAAUCGUGCAUUCGUUUCAAAAACCAAAUGACGUAGAAAUGCGGUUUUCGAAGUGUAUUACUCUGAGCUGAAAAUAGUGAAUAUAUUGUGUCGCAUUGGUA